CAUGUACAAACAUGAAAGCAUCAAUCUACUAUUUGCCCUGUGCCGCAAUGUUUGCAAGACCCAACACCUCCUACGCUAACCUCAACCUCACUGUCGGCGAUAUUGUCGCGAUCCUACGAUGGGCGAAUGUGUCGGCGAACCGAGGGAUUGCGAAGGCCUCGCUGGAGCUUCGAAUGGUGGAACAACUGCUCCACGGUGGUCCGCCUGAGCUGCAAAGCCGAUUUGAACUUGCUUCGUUUCCUGCAGUCGUGCCGACGUCUUGGGAAUCUUGGCUGCACGAUCACCUUGCAUGGCAACGUUUUCGUUCACCUGAGCUGCCAACGCAAGAUGAGCAUACGACUGAGAGUAAUGCUCCAGAUGCAUCCCCGACAUUACUAGAAGCAACACCCAGUUUUUGGGCAUUCGACCAUCGAGCUAUCCGACUCCGGCCUCACGCAGCUAUUGGGAAGAUCAAGAAGAUAUGCGCAGCAUCAAGAAUGCAAGGGACAUUCCUCGACAGGCUCCCUUUGGUAAAAGCGGCGGCUCAAGCGUUUGCCAUCGAGUCCUGCGCCAAGGCAAUAUUCUGGGUUGUUUGGGAAAGCAUCAAGUCCUCCGUUCCAGAUACCCAAAUGCUAUUGGACUGGUAUCGACCUGGCGACAAGGCGUACGAAUUGGCUCGGUGUGUAGAAAGUGAUUGCCAGACGCUCGGCUUUACAGCAUCAAUGUCCAACUUGCUUGCGCACAAUGUGCCAUUCCCCAUCACGAUGAACCGCAUACUCCGCUGUGUGGACCACACCGAAUUCCUGGUGAAGAAACGGACUUCACAUGCACGGACGACUGCCCGAAAAAAGGCCAAGCUAUUCAAAGUGAUGCAAGAAUUCGUGAAUGCUGCCCAAGGAACACUUGCGGUAGUAUACUGUCAAUACAAAUAUAUCAUACUGUGGUAGGUGGUUCAUGUAAACGGCCACAAACCAGAGAUGUCGUUCGUGCGUAUUCAGCGUCCGAACGAACAGUACUUCGUAAGUGGUGACCUUUUUGACAUAACGGCGUACCUGAUCAAGGACAACUUCGACCGCCCCCGUGACGGCAAAAAGUUGCUUCAGUCCCUUGCUUCGUUAUCAUUUAAGGAGCUGAAGCAGCAAACUCGACUUUUGGUGGCCGAAGUCCAAGUUGGACGACCGGACUGGAUUAAUCCACCCAGCUGGAAGCCGGAAGCGCUUCUGUGGCGCGAUCCGUCCCUAAUGACGACCACUGAAAUGCUCAUCGUCUGUCACGCAGCGUUGGAACAAAUCUUCUGUCCACGUUUUUGCGGCGAAGUUCGUAUAGAAAACGGACAGGUUUCCUUUGUUGAAUAAUAAAUAUAUUCGUAC